CUGCUGGCCGCGCGCCACGAAGCGAUCACGGCGCGGUUGGCAGCAGUGCUGACGGAGCUGGAAAGCGGCGGUUACGGCGGCGCGCCGGAAGCGGACCUGGGCCUGAUGGCGCUCACCGGCCUGAUGCUGGAGAAGCUGAACGAGUUUGAGGCGAUCAUGGCCGAAACAUCCGGAUCGCAGGACGACCCGGUGGGCGAGGCGGCAGCCGCGCGGCACACCGCGUUGAUGGACCGGGUGCGCGACGCUGCGGAGCGGGUGCGACGGCAACGGGAACCGGCCAGUGAAAACGGAGACGCCAGCCUCUGGUAUGCCGCCUGUUUUGACUGCACCACCGUCCUCGAGGCGGUGAGACGAUUCCAUCAGCUGCGGGCGGAGCUACCUCAGGGGGACCCCAUGCGGGACCCCUGGCUGACCAUCAUGCUUGAUCUGGCGCAGGAGGCGUCCGGCAAUCGAGCCCGUCUGCAGGACACCGCCAUUCCCGACCUCGAUGACGGUCUGGCCGUUGCCAGGGCGGCGCUGCUGGCGGAAGCGCACGCCGCCCUUGAUGAGCUGGAGGAGACCGUGGCGACGAACCGGCGCGAGUUCAACCAGGGGCUUCCGAUGGUGAUCCGGCCAGCGCUGGCGGCGCUGCCGGCGGUGGCCGAACGCGCCGCCGCGGCGGAAAUCGGUCCUGCUGAUGUCCAUAUUGCACGUUUCGAUGAACCCGAUCCCACUUCGCCGCACGCCCGGGGCGGGCUGGCCGUGGUGUACUACUACCGGGGCGCCAAAGUGGUGCAGUCGAUGCUGGAAACCUAUCCGACGGGGUUCCCCGCCGGCUCGGCCCGGCGGCACGUCGAACGCCUGAUUGACCAACUGCUGGCCCUGGGACCGGACGAUGAGGAAUUGUCGGAUAUCCUGCUGCCUCACGCCGCCGCCCUGUUGGAUCUCGUCAACGCGGGCCUCCACGACGUGUCCAGAGCCGGCUUCGACACCUUCAUCGCCAGGUUGCAGGAGCAGGAUCUCCGCCACGGCGCGAUGCUGGACGUCGUGACGGCGGUGGCCGGAACGGACCGUGACGUCUGGGAAUACCUGUUGGACGACUCGGACUUCGACACCGAGUUUGCCAAUCGCCGGCAGGCACGGGCCAUUAUCACUGCUGCACGCCGGCAAGGACUGGACUCGGUGAAGCUGGCGAAACUGGCCAUGACCAUGGGACACGAUGCGGAGGAUCUGGGCGUCACGCUGCCGGCCAUCAACCGCGAGGCUCUGCAGACCUUGUUGCGGGUCGCUCUGGAGGCUGGCUUCCGUCACGACGCCAUCGACCGCAUUCACCAAUUCAUGGAUCCGCAUGGUUACGAGGACGCGCUGUACGCGAGGGUGAGGGCGGGUAAGGGCGUUGACGAUGAUUGGGACGAGGACCUUUGA